CUCAGAUCUGCCUCGCGGAGGACCCAGGUGAAGAGGCGGAUGCUGCUCUUCCUGGCCCCAGCCAAAGAUUGGUACCUGGUGACUUUUGGCCAUUUUCACAAUACCACACAUAUCCUCAAAGGAUGAAAAUCUGCCUUCACUGAGGUUUAUCAGAAGGUUCUCUGGUGGCCUCCGGAAGCCCUCUAAGAAUCUGAAGAAUGGAUGAGCUGUGGCAAGUGGAGGAAUGAGCCCACAGAUCCCUGACAUGACUACGCCGAGGGCCAGCAGGCAUUUGGAUGUGUAAGUUCUGUGUUUUAUUUUCAAAACAGUCAUUGCUUUAUAGCUACACAUAGCACAGAGGAAUGCAAUCUGUGGCUGGAUACAAAUCAGUGGAUCAGCCAACCCCUGAGCGGAGAGAUUGAGAAGGAGCAGAGGCUUUUCUGGGAAACAGGAACUCUGGGCACAGGCCCCCACUGGGACCUGGACUGAUGCUGGGGGACCACCUGCUCAUCCCCUGAGAACUGGGUGCUCCUGCCUUUACUUCCAGCAAGGAACCAGGAAGAGGUGAGGCGGUGAUCUCACCGUGUGUGUAUGUCAUGGUUGAAGUGAGGUAUCAGGAAGGCUAUGCCUUUAUCACACUCCAUGCACCUCCUUCAAGAGUCCAGGGUGGCUGGACUAGGAUCUCUCUCAUUAUGUCUCCCAAUCCCCACUUCCAGAAGCACCGCCUCCCCCUCUCCUCCUAAGGGUCUUAGGCUCUAGGUCUCAGGUCUUGAUUUAAUUCAGGUAGGCCACUGAGGAGGAACAGCAGAAGACAAAAGGGCAAGAGGAAAAAAUGGAAGACAGGAGACAAGAAGAAAGGGAAGAAGGAGGCAGUGGAAGCAGAGGGAGUUACAGAGGGGAGCAAAGGAGGAAAAAGGCACUGAUACUCACAGCCCUUCCCGCCCACAGCUAAGGCCCUGCCUUCCCAGAGCAGCCAUGUCAGAAGGCGAGAGUAAGGACAGCUCCUGCAGUGAGUGCCCCGUGUGCUACGAGAAGUUCCGUGAUCUGGAGGGCGCCAGCCGGACGCUGAGCUGCGGCCAUGUGUUCUGCCAUGACUGCCUUGUCAAGUACCUACUCUCCACCCGUGUGGACGGGCAGGUCCAGAGGACCAUUGUCUGUCCCAUCUGCCGCUAUGUCACCUUCCUCAGCAAAAAAAGCUCCCGCUGGCCCUCCAUGCUGGACAAGAGCUCCCAGACCCUUGCUGUGCCUGUGGGCCUGCCCCCUGGGCCACCAUCAGAUACCCUGGGCCACACAAACCCCCUGGCCAUCUCCCAGCCUGUUUGGAGACCAUCCCCAGGUCAGAGUGCCCAGUUCCCCUUGGAUGUGCUGCCCAGCCUGCCCCGGGAGCCGCAAAUCUUCAUCAUCAGUCGCCAUGGGAUGCCCCUGGGAGAGCAGGACAGUGUCCUGCCGCGGCGCAGCCUGGCAGAGCUCUCUGAGGCAUCCCCGGCUCCCAGCUCCACCCGGUCGUUCUGCUGCCGCUCCCGGGCCCUCCUUCUCAUCACCCUCAUCGCUGUGGUGGCUGUGGUCACCGCCAUCUUACCCUGGGUGCUGCUGGUGAGGAAGCAGGCAUGAAUGGUGGCACUUGCAGGGGCUACCCAGUGAGGCCCAGCCUGACAGCUGCUCUGGAAGCUGCUCUACUCCACCCAGCCGGGCUGGCCCUGGCCUGGGAGCUGGUGGAGGGCCCCCAGAGCAGACCUGGUCCAACCAAGCCCUGAGGGGUUGUGGGCAGAGGGGAGGCCUGAGGCAGAGGGCAUUAGGAUGGUGCUGACUGAAAGUAUGGUGGCAUCUCUUCACCUCCAGCUCCUCACUCCCUACAGGGACUCAGACAAGACAGGGAGGCUGGGGGCUGGUGAUCUCUGAGCUAGAACUGAGCUGAGCAGCUGAGCUCUUGACUGAAACUCUAGGUUCCAGGCCAGGGUCAAAUAUGUGAUGGAAGCCCCUCCUCAGAAACAACAAGUGUGCCACCCCCACCCUUGUGUAUCCUCAGCAGAUACUUCUUCCUCUAAGCUAGAACUAAGCAAGGUGGGAAGACGGGUGGUUACCCCUUCCUGUGGGGUCACCAGCCCUGAGGUGUAGUCCUUAUCUACCAGGUGACCUACCUGAAGCCAGGUGGGGCUCCCGGGUGGGAACAAGGAAUUCUUCUGGAUGGGGGUCCAAUAGCAGGACUCUUCCAGGUCAGAAUUCCCACCCAGGAUUCUCUAGUUUUCUCUCAGGAACAAACAGAAGGGGUGGCACAGGGGCCAAAAGCACAUGUGCUCCCCCAAAUCUCAGUGCCCAUCCAUGACCCUCACAGAUGGGCCAGUGUGCACCUUCCCACCUCCAAGUCCUCCCUGCCCCCAUAUCACCAGCCUGGAAGGUCUUCCCUGAAGAAGUAGCUGAUCCCUGAGGCUGUGGCCCAGUAUUUCUGGGAGAAGUAACAGAAAAGGGUCUUCCUGGGAAGCUGAGGCCACAUCAGAAAGCAGGGGUUUGUUGAUUGAGGGUGUGGCCAGCAGAUUGGCCCACAAAAGAAUCAGAGAUCUUCCCCAAGCUUCCCAGGCACAAGGAAUUGUCCCAAUUUUGAAUCCUGGGUUCUCAAGGAUGGACUGGAAAGCAAGGCAUACAGGGGAUGCCUGAUGGCCAAGACUUGAGUCAGCUGAGAACUAUGUGGGCAAAUUAACCCCUGGGGGCUCCCGCCUCUCUCCCAGCCCAAGUCCUCCUCAUGACCCAACCACUCAUUAGAGGCUACACCAGCCAGGCCAGUUUCCAAGGUGGAUUCCCAAGCUGGGCAGGGUGAGGAAGGGUGUGGAAGAAAACAGCUGUGCUUGUCAGGGACACUACUGUUUCAAGGAAUCUUGAAACCCAGGUGCUGUUGGCUGCUGGUCAAGGCCUCUUUGCCUGGGGACCCCCACCGUGGACUGUGCUAGGGGUCCUUGAUGAGGACCACUAGGGGGCAAGCCAUUCAGGGACAGCUGUUUUCUGUUUAUUAAGGCCCAUAAGUCAAUGGGCCAUAAUCUUAAAUUAAAUUUAGGAUUAAAAACAACAAAAACCUCUAACUAUUCUCUCAAAUAGGUUGUUGUUUGCAGCCCAAGUUUGCCAACAGCUGAGCCCCCUCUCAGCAGUUUGCUAUAUAUGGGGAAAGGAAUAGCACUCUGCCUCUUCUCUGGUUCCCAAAUGGCUGAAGUGGUGGUCAUUUGAGGACCAAUGGAGAAUGGGAUCCAUGCUACAGGGGAUGUUCAGGACACAGGGAGGGUUGAUUUAAAGCACGGAUGGGCUUCUUGAUGCUUUUUUCAAGAUUAGAAAAGAGCAUAGGUGCUAUUUGGGGGGUGGGGGACAGGUGGAUUCAUGGAGAAAAUAUUUAUUAUAAGAAUAAAAAUGUUAAAUUUACAAAGACUCUAAUGAGUCUGUUUUAACCUCAGCCAGGCUGCUUUAAACAGUGUUGUGGAUUUCUGGGGACCUGAUUUUAGUCUUUUCAGAUUCUGUCGUUUGCCAAAAAUUAAUUUCAGAAUACCUGUAAUGUUUUCAUAUUGUUCAGUGGUAACCUGUAGAUGGCACUUCUUUUAUUUUCACAGAAUGUCAAAAGCUAUUUUUAAAAUAAAGGCAUAUAUUUUCUCAACGAUUCCAGAGACAUUACAAAUGCGUGUGGGAAGCUCAAGCUUGGACUUUUAGGAAAAUUCACUUUAGAUGAAAAAGACAGUUUGAAAAUACAAAUACAAAUGGCUCUUAAACAUUUACUCAGCCACACUUGUUAAGGAAAUGCAAAUUAAAAUUCUGCUGGCAUAUCAUUUUUCACCUAUUAGCUUGUCAAACCCUGAAAGUUUCAAAACCGACUCUGAGGACAAAGCUCAGGGGAAGCAGGUGAGGUGAUGGGAAUGCA